GCGCCAAUGAGGCGCUGGUCAGCAGUGCCGACAAGCAGCUGAAAUGGGCAGCCGGCGCUGCAGCGUCGCUGCUGCUGACCUUCAGCGUUACCCUGCAGCCUGCCUUUGCAGCGGAUGUAGUCAAUUACUCCGAUUUCAUGGAGUCCGUCAACCGUGGGGAUGUCGAGAUGGUGCGCGUCCAGGACGAUCAGCUCUCCGCGCAGUACACCACUAAGGAUGGUGCUCGCAAAGAGGUGAACUUGAUCCCCAACGAUCAGUUGUUCAACACUCUCGCGCAGAAGAAGGUGGAUGUGGUGAUGCAAACUCCUGGAGCUAACUCUGGCGGGCCUCUGGACUUUCUCGCACGCUUCGCGGGUCCCAUCGCUUGGCUCAUCGCAGGUCUGCUCUUCCUCUUCGGAGGAGCCGGCAUGGGAGGGCCAGCCGGACCCGGUGGCCCGGGAGGGAACCCUUUCGAGCUUGGCAAGUCCAAGGCCAGAAUCAUCAAGGAUGGGGACACGAAGGUCAAGUUCGCAGACGUGGCUGGCUGCGAUGGUGCCAAACAAGAGUUGGUGGAGGUCGUCGAUUUCCUGAAGAACACCUCGCGCUACUCCGAGCUCGGAGCGAAGAUCCCCAAGGGUGCUCUUUUG